AUGGAUGGGGAUCAAUAUUGUAAUAUCACCUAUAGAAAAAAACAAACUCCAAAAUUAAAUGUUAGCUUGACAGAGGAGACAGCUGUAGAUAUUGAAAAUAGUUCAUUACUAGAUUCAUCAGUGAACAGUUUACCUGCCACUUCAAAAAAGGAUUAUACUUUACUUGAAGAAUACGAAGAAAUUAUUUCUACAUUAAAAUUAAGGUUAGCUUCAGCUAAUGAAGAGAUUGAAAAUUUGAAUUUACAAAAUAUACAAUUAAAGAUGAGUGUUGAAAAAUCAUCAAAAGUGAUAGCAUUGUAUAAGAAGAUUGGCAUUACGGAAAACUUGUUGAAUGCUGUUUCUACUCCGGUUAUACGAAAGGUUAAAAAAGUAUUUUCCUGUGUAUAUCCAGUAUCACCUAGGCACAGCAUUCCAGAAACAAAUGAAAUUUCAACGCAAACAACAGGAAUUUCUAUGACGAAACAUCUUGGAAAGCCUUUCUCAUUUAAAACAUGUAAACAACAAAUCAAAAAGCGACGAAGAAAAAUAAAUUAUUUAACUCAUAAAAUUUCGAUAUUAAAAACUCAAAAUAAAAAAACUUAUGAAUAA